CCUCUAGUUAACGAAGUGUCAACUAAACGCGUGUCGUCCAUGUUCCGAAUGUGGUGUGACUUAUUUUUGUUUUGUGUUAAUUUUCAAUGUAAUAGUUAUAAAUGUGAAAUGCUCCAACAUGUGUUAUCCCAUAUAGUUGAACCUUGUUCAGGCUGAAUGGAUCCCGCCGUCGCGUGGUAUCAGCCCGAGCAGGAAGGACCCGCGAAGCGACUCUGGCUUCGUAUUUGGGAGACUCAAAGUGACAUAGACAAAAUGAACUUAAAAAAUUUAGAAAAUUCUAACCCCAAUGUGAAUAAAGCCCCAGACUUUAUACCAAUUAAUGACGUUAAUGGUGAAAAUAGGAACAAUAAUUACUUCAAUCCCGCGCGGAGGAAAGCGAACGACAACCGCGCAUCUACGUUUAACCUGAACAAAAACCACGAUGCGCUCAUAGGUGAAUACGGCGGCUGUCCUUGGAGGCUGCCUAACUACAAUUAUAAGCCUGGUAUUUUGGGGCUGCACGAGGAGAUCGAGCACUUCUACAUGUACAUGUCGCCGACGGAGACGGAGCACCUGGUGCGCAGCACGGUCGUCACGCGUAUACGGAGCGCCAUCCUCGCGCUGUGGCCACAGGCGCGCGUCGAGGUGUUCGGCUCCUUCCGCACCGGCCUAUACCUGCCCACCAGCGACAUCGACCUCGUUGUCAUCGGUCAGUGGGAGAAGCUGCCGCUGUGGACGUUGGAGCGCGAGCUGGUGGCGCAGGACAUCGCCGAGAAGGAGACCAUCAAGGUGCUGGAGAAGGCUACAGUUCCCAUCGUCAAGAUGACCGACAAGUACUCCGACGUCAAGGUAGACAUAUCGUUCAACAUGAGCAGCGGCGUCAAGAGCGCAGAGUUAAUCAAACAGUUUAAGGAAAAGUACCCGGUCUUGUCUCGCCUGGUGAUGGUGCUGAAGCAGUUCUUGCUGCAGCGGGACCUAAACGAGGUGUUCACGGGCGGAAUCUCCUCCUACUCCCUCAUCCUGAUGUGCAUCAGCUUCCUGCAGCUGCACCCGCGACCCGAGCGCCUGCGUCAGCCCCACAACCUCGGCGUGCUGCUCAUCGAGUUCUUCGAGCUCUACGGCAGGAAGUUCAACUACGUCAAGACCGCCAUCCGCGUCAAGAACGGCGGCUCCUACGUCUCCAAGGAUGAAAUACAGAAGGAGAUGAACGACGGGCACCGGCCUUCGCUGCUGUGCAUCGAGGACCCGCUGACGCCGGGCAACGACAUCGGCCGCUCCAGCUACGGCGCGCUGCAGGUCAAGCAGGCGUUCGACUACGGCUACAUAAUCCUGCAGCAGGCGGUGGGCGCGCACGUGAUGUGCGGGGGGCGCGGCGCGGCGGGGGCGCGGCACAGCGCGCUCGGCCGCGUGCUGCGCGUCACCGACCACGUGCUUCAGUACAGGCGCUGGGUGCGCGACACCUUCCAGCCCUACUUCUUCCCCCGCGCGCAGCUCCUGCCGCCGCGUCCGCCCGACAUCGAGCCCGACCGCGACCCGCGCAGCUCACCACCGCCGCUGUCGGCGCUGCAGUGUUCCUCGCCCACGCCGCGCCGCGUCUCCGCACACCAGAGUCUCAUCAUCCACCACAUCACCAGCAACUCGGACUUCAACAACAUCCCCUCCGGUGUCAUGCAGCAGCGCUACGCCAAUGCCAACUCUAACGCCAACGCUGGCUCGGGCGGUGGUGGGGGCGGAGCCGAGGGCAAGGGCCGGUCGCGGACGUUCACCGGCAAGCAGCGGCGCUACCCCGGCUCACCCCCGCAGCCGCCGCGACGUCCCGACCAGCGCAACAAGAAACGACGCCAGUUCCCACAACCGCCGCGAUGAUACGCGCGCCCGCCGCCC